AUGGAUCAUUUGAAUGUCUCAACUUUCCCACAAAGAGCAUCGAUUACUACAGAGCAUUCUUCAAAUGCAUCGAGAAAUACCUCAAAUCAGCUUGUUCAUCCGUACGAUAACAAACUUCUCUUAGAGGAAACAUUGACGAAUUCUAAAAGCAGUUGUUUUCCGUUUCUUUCAUCAUCGGUUAAGCGCACAGUUUUCUUCAGUAUAUUCACAAUCAUAAGCAUAAUCAUUGCUGUUAUCGUAGUUUGUUUAACAUCACCAGAACCGCCAAGUGUAACAUGUCGAUAUAUCAUCAAAUCGGAAGCUGAAAUUUUCAUCAAUGCCGAUUCGUAUCCAAACGGAAUGGCAACCGGUGAUUUUAAUAAUGAUGGUCGAAUUGAUAUUGUUACAGCAAAUUCUGGAACGAACAAAAUCGGACUAUUCCUUCGAGAUGAUGCACAAACAUUUCAAAAUCAAAUCACUUACUCUACUGGAAGUGGCUCUCGUCCAUAUUCAGUAACAGUAGCAGAUUUCAAUCGUGACGAGCAAUUAGAUGCUGCCGUAGCGAACUACGGUACAAACAGUAUCGGAAUUUUCUUCGGAAAUGGUAAUGGUUCAUUGACAUUCUACAAAACUUUUCCUCUUCGAUCAUCUCGUCCACAAUGGAUUGAUCAUGGUGAUUUUAAUCAUGAUACUUUCAUUGACUUAGUUGUAAUUAACAAUGGUACGAACAAUAUCGGAAUUUUGUUCGGAGAUGGACUUGGCAAUUUUGCCGAACAAGUCACUUACUCAACUGGAUUCGAUUCCGAAUCGUCUUCAUUGGCUGUUAACCAUUUUAAUAACGACAAUAAUCUGGAUAUUAUUGUUACUAAUCGCGGAACAAAUACUCUUCUGAUCUUUCUCGGACACACAAAUGGGACAUUUGCUAAUCCAAUGAGUUUCUAUACUGGCAUGAAUACUCACCCGUAUGCAAUUGCUGUGAACGAUCUGAACAAUGACAAGUACAUGGACUUUGUCGUGACGUAUUCCGGUACAAAUCAAAUUGGCGUUUUUCUUGGUUUCGUCGUUGUUGGUGAUUUCAACAAUGAUGAUCAACUCGACAUCGCUGUCGGUAACUAUGAUAUUCCAAAUAUCGGCGUCUUCUACGGAAAUGGAACCGGUCUCUUCGCUGCUCAAGCAGUAUUCUAUACGAACAUUGUUUGCAAUCCACAUUUAAUUGCCACUGAUGACUUUAAUAAUGAUACUCAAUUAGACAUCGCAAUAGUCAAUUAUGAUUAUAACUAUCUCGAUAUUGUUUUGGCGCAUAAAAACUAUGCUUAUUCAAAGCAGAUUUCUUAUCCAACCACUGGCGGUACAUCUGGAUCUUGUCCUCAAUCGGUUGCAGUUGGGGAUCUGAAUAAUGAUCAUCGGCUGGACAUGGUUGUUGAAAACUAUUGCAGCAGUACGGUCGAUAUUUUUCUAGGAGAUAACAAUGGAAACUUUGUUAAAACUAAGACUUAUUCAACGGGAAAUAGCUCAGGGCCCUACUUCGUUGCAGUAAGCGACUUAAACAAUGAUCAACAAUUGGAUAUUCUUGUUACAAAUUACGACGUAGAUAAUAUCGGAAUACUCUAUAACGACGGAAAUGCAACAUUUCGAAAUAUAGUGACUUAUCCAACUGGAGAUGGUUCAUAUCCGUACUCUCUUGCCGUUGGAGAUCUAAAUAAUGACAAUAGAUCGGACGUUGUCGUUGCGAAUUAUAACUCAGACAACAUAGGUAUAUUCUUUGCUGAUGCGAACGGAAAUUUUAAUGAACAAAUAACUUAUUCAACUGGACAUAAUUCUGGUCCACAGAUGAUAGCUGUUGGACAUUUUAAUGAGGAUAGUUAUCUGGAUAUCGCUGUUGUCUGUCAAUAUUCUUCCAGUUUGAAUAUAUUUCUUAUGGAGAACGAUGGAGUAUUUUCUAAACAAAAUGUUUAUCCGUUAGGAGCUAGCAUUGAACCAAAUAGUUUGGCUACUGGUGAUUUGAAUGAGGAUGGUUACUUGGAUGUAGUUGUGACUACUCUUUAUGGUCGUAACAUUCACGUUCUAAUUGGAUCCAGUGAUGGAACAUUUCGAAAUGUCGCGAUCUAUUCAACUGGUAGUGGAUCUCGACCAUAUUCAUGUGCUAUCACAGAUUGGAAUAAUGAUCAACAUUUAGACAUCGUUGUGAGCAACUGUCUUACAGACAACAUAGUAUUAUUCGAAGGGUAUGGAAAUGGAACAUUUUCUCUUGAACAGAAUUAUUCAACUGGUACCGGUUCGUGUCCCAUGUCAAUCGCAUUCGGCUAUUUUAAUGAUGAUAGUCUAGUUGAUAUUGCUGUUACAAAUCAUGAUAGUGAUACUCUUGGUGUUUUCCUUGGAUACACUUAUAUGAAUGGUAAACGUGAAGCAACGUAUUCAACUGGAUCUGCUUCUCAACCGCGAGCUGUGGCACUUGGUAAUUUCAACAGUGAUGAUUAUUUGGAUAUCGUUAUGGCGAAUUAUGGAUUGGGCAACAUUGACAUUUUGUUAGGACAUGCCAAUGCAACUUUUUCGAUGCAAACGACAUUCUCAACUGGCGUCUUAUCGUUUCCAACUUCACUUGCUAUUGGUGAUGUUGAUAACGAUGAGAAGUUAGAUGUGAUAAUAGGAAACUCGGGUACUGAAAGUAUACUUAUUUACUAUGGGUAUGAAAACGAGAAUUUUACAAGAACGAAGGUGUACUCGACUGGUGUUGGUUCAUCACCACAAUCAUUGGCUAUCGGUGAUUUCAAUAAUGAUAGGAAACUUGAUAUUGCUGUCGUGAAUUCUGGUGCAAAUAAUGCUUUAACACUGAUGAAAUAUGACAUGGGAGCGUUCAGACAGCAAGUAUCUCAUUCGUUGAAUGAACAUUCUUCCCCACAUUCAGUACGAGUCGGCGAUUUUAACAAUGAUAAUCGAUUGGAUUUUGUUGUUGUAAACAGAGAUAGUAGCAGUAUUGCUGUUUUUCUAGGACAAGGUAAUGGAACCUUUUCCAAUCAAACCACUUAUUCAACUGGUGAAAGAUCGAAUUCCUGGGCAGUCACAACUGCUGAUCUCACUAAUGACAGUUAUAUAGAUAUUAUUGUUAGUAAUUAUUGGCAAGAUUAUAUCAGUAUUUUUCUUGGCCUCGGUAAUGGUACUUUUUCCAAUGAAAUAACUUGUUCAACUGGCGAUGAUACCGGAUCAUCUGAUACUGCCGUCGGCGAUUUUAAUGACGAUGCUCAAUUGGAUAUAGUCGUUUCUCUCCAGUUUUCUUAUAAAAUAUGUAUUUUGUAUGGAUAUGGUAAUGGCACUUUUUCGUAUGGAGAAGAUUAUUCCACAGGCAGUGAUUCCUAUCCAUCGUCUGUAGUCACUGCCGAUUUGAACCUCGAUGGAUAUUUAGAUAUUGUCGUUGCCAAUUAUGGAACGUGGAAUCUAUAUGUAUACUACGGACAGCGAGACGGGACCCUUAUACGUGCGUUCAUUUUGUCUACUGGUAGUGGCUCAUCUCCGCAAUCACUUGUUAUUGAUGAUUUUAAUAAGGAUGGUCGUUUGGAUAUCGCUGUUGCCAAUAGUGGCACAGAUAACGUUGGAAUAUUCUUUGGAGCUGUCAAUAGUACAUUUCUUAAUCAAAUCACUCUGCCUACAGGCAAAGGUUCUGCUCCAUAUGGCAUUUCUGUCGGCGACUUUAAUGAUGAUACGCAAUUGGAUAUUGCUGUUGCCAAUUAUGGCUCUAAUAGUCUAGGAAUUCUCCUCGGAUGUAUCAAUGGGACUUUCUUCAAUCAGUUAACGUACAAAACUGGUGAUUAUUCUCAACCGUGGAGUGUAGCGGUUGCUGACUUUGAUAAUGAUCAUCGUCUAGAUGUUGUCAUCGCUAAUUUGGGCACAAACAAUGUGGGAGUGUUUUUGGAUAUAUUAUGGAAGAUUUUCUAA